AUGGCAAACAUAAAAUAUAAAAGCUAUGGACACAUCGCGCCCAAAACGCAGACGGGCAAGGUGGUCACCAUCUUCUACGCCAUCCUUGGUAUACCGCUCAUGCUUCUCUGCUUGUCCAACAUUGGCGAUGUCAUGGCGUCAUCUUUCAGAUUUCUGUAUUGGCGAGUAUGUUGCUACGUUUGCACGCGGCCGCCGAAGAGGAGCCACCGUCAUCGUCACACGUCCGCGAGGCGCUCUGUGAGAGCCAGUCGACGUCGUCGACCGGUGGAGCGGGCACAUUCUGAUACCGAUUUCAGGUAUCGAGACAGCGGCUACAGUAACGGCAGAGUGAAGCGCACUCGACCGCCUCCCGCGACCUUGCCGACAAGAACCAGGUCUCAGCCGCCACCAGCUCGAGUCCACGGUAGAGAAAUAGAAAUGGGAGAUCGGUCUCCGGUGAGAAACGAGAGAUACAGCCGAGAUCUCUAUCAAGAAGAAGAUGAGGAAUUCCCAAAAAUUUCCCUACCACUGCAAGACCUGCAGGCGGCGUUGAAAGACCUGGAAGAGCAUCAGUCGAAGGUGACCUCUAAAUCGGAGCUGCGGAGCAAGUCGCUGCCGCGAGCGAAGCUGAAGCCCGACUUUGGGCCCCGGAGGGACUUCGACGAGGGUCGGCAUUACGAGCUGGACGAUGGAAGGGACAUGUACGAAAUGCACGACCUUCAGGACGUGGACUAUGAGAAUUUUAAAGAGCGGAGGGCGUUGGAGGAACGUGAACGGCGGAGGAGAGAGAGGGACCUCGGCUACCAGGAUCGGGGCUAUGACCCUGAAGACGAAGAGUACGACGUUGAGAGCCCACGAGUGAGAAGGCCUGGAUACGAUCGCAGAUACGACCGCGGCCGUUCAGAGUACUACGAGCGUGACUUGGAGGACUUUGACGUGGAGCGACGCAGAGACCGCCGCGCCCGGAGCGCCAUGUACGAGGGCGAGAGAAGACCAGACCGGUGGAGGGGCGAAGCCCGGGCGAGGGGCGAAGACCGGUGGAGGGGCGAAGAUAGAUGGGGCGACGACCGGUGGAGGGACGACAGAUGGGCCCAGGACCGCGGCGUCAUCGAAGAAAGGCGUGAUCCGCGACGCCUGCGCAGACUCUACACAGUCGACGAUAGCGGAAGACCGCGUUCUGGCUACACUCCUUCGCCGGAUAGAGACGACUGGAGUGAUGAACUGCCUCCCGUGCGUCGCAGGCCAGCAGCUUGGGGCUCCCGUCAAUCCGACUUAUAUCCAGUUGGACCAGUGUCCUUAACGGCAAAAGAGGAAAUCAAGCCGGUACCGAUCUGGCUGUGCGUCCUGCUGGUUGCGUCCUACAUCGUGGCCGGAACUUUCCUGUUCAAGCGGUGGGAGGGCUGGGCGUAUUUGGACGCGGCCUACUUCUGCUUCAUCACACUCACCACCAUUGGCUUUGGGGAUUUCGUGCCUGCUCAGGGUCAGAGCGGCGAGGCGGCCGACGCGGUGCACUCCAUCGCCCUCUGCUCGCUAUACCUGCUCUUCGGUAUCGCCCUCCUGGCCAUGUCCUUCAACCUGGUGCAGGAGGAGGUGCGCGCCCACGUGGCCGCCGUCGCCACCAGGCUCGGCAUCAUCAAACCGCGCGACCCACCCGACGACUAC